AUUUAAGUCAUUGUUCCAAGUUACCAUAAUUUCACUUGAUCACACUUUUAUUUGCAUAGAUUUCAAUUUCUUUGUUCCACAGUUGAGUCCAUAAUGGAGCAAUCUUCUUUACCACAAACAGAGUCACAACCAAAUACAGAAGACUUCUCAAACAUCUCACUCAGGCCAUUUAAUCUCUCCGACAUAGAUGAUUUUAUGGUUUGGGCCACCGACGAGAAAGUUGCCCAUUUUUGCACUUGGUAUCCUUAUACUAGCAAAGAAGAUGGCUUAAACCAUAUCAAAAAUGUUAUUAUACCACAUCCAUGGUUCAUGGCAAUAUGCCUCAACUCCAGGCCAAUCGGUGGCAUUUUGCUGACAACGUAUUCAGGUAAUGAUGCAUGCAGGGGUGAGAUCGGCUACUUCUUGGCGUAUAAAUUCUGGGGCAAGGGAAUUGGUACUAGGGCGGUGAAAAUGGCGGCGGAGAUUAUACUCCGGCAGCACCCGGAAAUGGAGAGACUUGAAGCUUUUGUGGAUUUGCAAAAUGUGGGAUCUCAGAAAGUGCUGGAGAAAGUUGGGUUUGAGAGAGAAUGUGUUCUUAGAAAAUAUUUGAUUAUAAAGGGUAAGACUAGAGAUAUGGUUUUAUUUAGUCUUCUUUCUACUUAUCCUCUACUUUGAUAUAUGCUUGUAAUGUACUUUAAUAAUUCAAUCAAUAUAUUUAGAUUUUGAUA